UAAAAAUCUUACCGACCACAAACAGGUUAAAUAGGUAAAAAUAAUAAAUUUUCAAGUAGAUUUUUAGCAAUACUUUAUGGUACUAAACAAGUUUUUUUUUAUUUAGGUUUUGGGAUGUUCACUAGGUUUUUGUUCUGUAUAUUAAGAUGCUCCUUUCUCUUGAUCCUGUACAGGAGGAUAUUACCUCACCAGUGCAUAUGGAGCAAUGUCACUGAUUAAGAACUUCCAGGAAGAGCAGGCUGCUCGAGUACUCGGCUCUACAACACGCGACACACUCCACCAGUGGCACCAGCGUCGCACACUGCAGAGAGACCUGCCCUCAGUGGACGACUUCCAGAACUACAUGCGAGUGGCCCUGCAGAAGGCAGAUAGCGGCUGCACGGCUAAAACCCUUCAGGUGCGGCCCUACGCCACGACAGAAGAGGUGUGUCGUCUUUGUGCGCUCAAAUUCCGCGUGUCUGAUCCAGAAAACUACGGCCUGUUUCUUUACACGGACGAGAGCAGCCAGCAGUUGGCCGCAGACACACACCCACAGUGGAUAAAGGCAGAGUUACACAGUCGACCGAAGCGUGAACACUUUUACUUUGUCUACAAGUCGAUACCCAGCAUGAACUGCUCCACUCCUUUGUCUUGAAAGCAGGACGUUUCCUGAACACUCAAUAGACGGAAAGUGUUUAAUGAGGGUGUGACUUUAAGGAAUGUGUAUAAAGAUCGGGAAAUGAAAAGGUCUCAUGGACAGAGUGGCUCAAAAAAUAAUAAUUUAAUUGGCACUUUACAUGAAUAAAGUACAUCUGGGUUGUUAAAAUGAGUACUUUCAAAACAGGCUUGGGUAACAGGGUUGCACAUUUAGCCUAAAU